CUCAACGGUUUGACCACAGAAAAUCUUCCCUGGCUCCUACACCAAAUAACCUUGAUAACUCAAUUUUUGAGAAACCCCUCAAUAAAACAAGGGCCUUCUUGCCCGUAUUCAACAUCCCAAGGCCUAAAAGAUGGCUUUUUUAGCAACACCAUCACCUAGAGCUAAAUCCUGUUCCUUUGCACCUCUUCAGUGCUCAAAUCAAAGGCCAAGACGAGUCAUAUUUCAUGAAUUGAAUUCAUUGAGUAAAAAUGCCAAAUAUACGCUCCAAAUUUCGUAUUUGCGUGCACAAAGAGUGAAGAGAGUAAUUCCAAUUGUCAGGGCAGCAUCAGCGCCAGUGGAAGAAAGUGAAGAAAAAUCAAGAAUUGGGAGGAUUUUACUAUCCGACGUGGUGGUGAAGAGGAAAAGGAAUGUGUAUUGGGGUAGAAAGUGGAAUUCUUUGGACAUUGGUACAGUUGGGGUGGUGGCGGCCAUGCAUUUUUUGAGUCUUUUUGCUCCAUUUACAUUCAAUUGGGGUGCUUUUUGGAUUGCUGUUGGAUUGUAUGUGAUCACAGGGCUCUUGGGUAUCACCCUUUCUUUUCAUCGAAACCUUUCCCACAGGAGUUUCAAACUUCCUAAGUGGCUUGAAUAUUUCUUUGCCUAUUGUGGUGUCCAAGCACUUCAGGGGAAUCCAAUUGACUGGGUGAGUACACAUAGAUACCACCAUCAAUUUUGUGAUUCCGACAAAGAUCCUCACAGCCCCAUUGAAGGAUUUUGGUUCAGUCACAUGAGUUGGCUCUUUGACACUAAUGCUGUUGUGAAGAGGUGUGGAAAUCCCACCAAUGUUGUUGAUUUGGAGAAGCAGCCGUUCUAUAAAUUCCUCCAAAGCAGUUAUAUUAUCCAUCCAAUAGCAUUUGCAGCUAUCUUGUAUGCGGUUGGAGGGUUUCCUUAUAUUGUUUGGGGAAUGGGAGUGAGAAUCGUGUGGGUAUACCACAUCACUUGGUUUGUGAAUUCAGCUUGCCAUGUUUGGGGAAAUCAGGUCUGGAACACCGGUGAUCUCUCCCGGAAUAACUGGUGGGUUGCAUUGCUUGCAUUUGGAGAGGGCUGGCAUAACAAUCACCAUGCUUUCGAACAUUCAGCCAGACAUGGACUGGAAUGGUGGCAAAUUGACGUGACUUGGUAUGUAGUGAGGCUACUUCAAGCGAUUGGAUUGGCCACUGCUGUUAAGCUACCGACCGAAUCUCAGAAGCAGAGAAUGGCCAUCAACAAUUGAUUACAGGAUUUGUCAUUGAUUCAUUGGAGGGUUAAUUUUGCGAUUGAAGAUUAAAAGUACUUGUAGUUCAUUACUUCGAACAGACUUUGGUUAGCCGAUUUUCUUGACUGUCCCAUAUUUGUUUGGAAUGUCACCAUUUACUGCUACUAGUCUACCAUGACCUGUCUGUUUUCCUAUACAGCAGAUCGUGACAUUUUUAGAUUUUCAUU